GGGCCUCAGGUCGGUCAGCCCGCAGAGCGGCUGCGGGAGGCUCGUCCUGCGCUCUGCCGGCAGCAGUGCAGUUAAUUCCUUCGUCCUUCUUCCUGUGGCGGUGUCCCGGGCCGCGGGCCUGACUCUUUCUUCGGUUGCUCCGUGCUGCAGCGUUGCCUGCUGGGAGCCGACCCGGCCCCGCGUAUUCCGAGUUUCUCUUCCUCUGGUUUCGCGCUGUGAGCUGUUGUGAGCCUGCUGACCUUUUUCUUCUGCCCUGAGGAGCAUCUGCUAAUUGUGAUCAGGUGGUGCUUAGCCCAAGUGGCUUGUGGCUGCAUUGAGUGUUGUGUGAGUCUCUUCAUGGAUUAGAUCAGCUGACAGAAACAAGGAGCCCACGUGGAAACCAGGAGGUGACUUUGCAACAAUGAGAUGCGUCAGCCCCUCACUUUUCAGGAGGUUCUGGGGGCUUUUGCCUCAGUAUGUGUCAGUGGGACCUAGUCAAAGUCCUAACCUCAGUUCCAAACAGUCGUCUUUGAGACAGAGCUGCAGUGUAAGACCUGGGCUGCUGACUGCCCCUGAUGUGGUCAGCUACUGGCAAAAGGUGUUUGAGAAGAACGGGAUCCCUGAAGCACGAGAAUCCAGUGAAUAUAUCGUGUCAUUUGUCUUGGGAGCAAAAACAUUUCAGAGCUUGGACUCCGAAAAACUCCGCUCUCCGCUUACAGCAGUGCAGCAGGAGCAGAUCCAGCAACUGAGCUGCAAGCGACUGGAAAGAAUGCCAGUGCAAUAUGUGCUUGGUGAGUGGGACUUUCAGGACCUGAAUCUGAAGAUGAGACCUCCAGUAUUUAUUCCUCGUCCUGAAACAGAGGAUCUCAUCUCUCUGGUUGUGGAGGAAGAAUCUCGGAAAUGUGAGGCGAAGAAUUCAGAAACCUUCUUGGUUGCUGUCCCAUCUCCUGUGAUCCUGGAGAUUGGCUGUGGCUCUGGAGCAAUUGCUCUGAGUCUCCUGUGCAAGAUACCACAGAGCCGAGUGAUAGCUGUGGAUAAAGAAGAGGCUGCUGUGGAUCUCACCAGGGAGAAUGUACAUAGGCUGCAACUCCAAGACAGGAUCCACAUCCUCCACCAUAAUGUUUCAUAUGGUUCUGCCAAACAUCUGCUACCUUGGGGCCCAAUGGACUUCAUAGUCAGUAACCCUCCAUAUGUCUUCCAUGAAGACAUGGCUUCCCUGGAUGCAGAGAUCCUCUGUUUCAGUGGUGUGAAGGGAGCUGUAGUGAUGGGCAGGCCAAGGCAGUCUCAUCCUGGGCCUGUGGACUUCACUCGAGAAAGGAUGAUUCCCAGCCCUUGUGGUGACAGGGGAGAGCCUGGAAAGGAUGACUUCCUCCAGACUCAGCAGCCUAAGGGCCAGAAGCAGCCCCUGCAGCCACUCCACCCUGACAGCCCUUCAGUCUAUUGAUUCCCAAGACCUGGCACAGGGUUCAGCCCCUCCGAUGAGCCCUAUGCUGUUCACCUGGAUGGAGCAGGAGGGCCCUGCUGAGUUCCUGGAAUAGCUGUCUCUUCAAUACCAGGAAGUAGUUUUCCUGCAUCGUAGCCUGAUUUUAGACAGUGCUAUGUGAUAUAAAUUAACUUCACGUUGCUAGUCAUCCCCAAGGCUCAAUUCUUUCAAGCCUUUAUGUUAGAGAAAGUGUCUCUGCAUGAGGCCACAGGAAGUUCUGUGUAUCUCCCCAGUGAACCCCCAGGCAGUGCUUGUUUCAGCCAGAGCUGCAGCCCAGCCUGGCGUUGUACUGCAUGCAGGGCCCAGCUUGGCCCAGCAGCUGGCAGGCCCCGGCCUGGCACCAGGCAUUACCCCUGGGCCUGCACUCAACAAAUCGCCCGUCCUGCUCACCACAGGGCCAGCGGAAGGGAGCGGGCCUCUCCCUGGGGUUCAGUGGGACUUCCUGGAAGCACUGCAAGGAGCUUCCAAGAGCUGAAACAUGACACAUGGUUCUGUGCAUGUGUGUUAAGAGUCUGGCUGAAAGAUGGAGGGAGCGUGGUUCCAUGGGCCUCAAAGAGCCUCCCCCUCACAGCUCUGCCGUGCAGCGUUGGGUUGGCUGGGCUUGGAUGGGGUGUCUCAGAGACUGGACACAGGCUGGUUCUUUGCGAAGCGUGGCUUUCUGUGUGGCAUAGGGUAAGCAGGCUCUGCUGGGGUGCCGGUAGCUUGCAUUCUCUGCUUCACAAAUUAAUGCUUUACUAGGAAUUAAGGAUAUCGAGUCUGUCCUUCAGACAGCAAAGAUGAUGGAAAGGUCUUUUUUUCAUAUUUUUUUUCCACUAGCAGAAGCAUAUGCUGCUCAUCUCGUUACUGCUAAUAGCCCAGGAAUGCUGCAUCCCAGCAGCAAUGGCCCUGUGCCUCACUCAGCAGGUAACAGCCCUGUUGUGCACUUGGAUAUGGACACAUGAAGCCAGCAGCAGUACUCAUGCAAAAAUCAUGAGUUUAAGCACUAGUUUGAGAAUCCUGCAAACAGGGAAGAUAUGGAAAGUCCCCAGCUUUAAGCUUUCAAAAGGGAAGAAAAGGAGAGCCUGCAGCCCAGCUGUGUGGGGAGGGGCUCUUGGACUGCUGGAAAAGAGGGAGGUGGGCCUGGCAGCCUGGACAGCAGGGGAAUAGGGGGGCACCACUGGGAAUUAGCUUAGCAAGUUUGCUGCUGUCAAAGAGAAGCAUUGUGAAAGUGGUCAGAUCUUAACACUGAGCAUGUGAGAAGGCUGGCAUCUACUCUCGGAAACACAUGGCAGCUGAUUACCAGCCCUGUUUUUUCUUUUGUGUAUUAUGUGACUACAUUUUUCCAUUUCUUCUUGACCUCUGUUCAUUUACCUGAAUUCUUCAGCCUUUAAGCAAAGAGACUAUGAAACAGAAUAGAGUAUAUUGAAUUUAUAUUAGAGGUGGCAUAAUCUUGCAGCAACUGCUCUGGCUGCAUCCUUAAGAGCCUCUUUAGCAGGAGAAGCCUGCCCUGGCAGUGCCAUUGUGCCACAGGGCAGCUUGUGGCUGGGAAAGCCAAGGAAUGGUUGUACGUGCCCAAGGCAUUGUGAGCCCUCUGCUCACCUGGGGAAGCCACCAGUUUGGACAUUUCCUAAUACCAAGAGGCCUCGUUCUUCCUACUGUUCUGAAAUUGUGUGCAUCUUGAGUCCUGUCCUGGAGUGCUGGGAGAUUUUCUCACUGUCUCUCUGAGGAUUUUCUCCAAAUAUACCUGUUGGUUCCAAAGCAGAUUUACAGUCUUCUCUCGUGUGUAUGGAAAGAGUCCUCGCUUGGCAGAUCUUGCUAUCUAAAUAAUGCAAGAUAAAACCUCAAAAGAUAAUACACAGUACAAGUUGAUGGAAAGGUUAGUGAAAGGGCAGUUCAGGAUUGAAACAGUUUAGACAUAUUGAACUCUAUUUUCUUUCCGCUGGAAGGGCUGGAAUUGGUACUGCGGGAAGAGGGCCAUCCUUGGAGGCUUGUGGUGAGAGCAGCUCUGAGAACAGCAGAGCCCUCUGCCCCGCUGCUUCAGCGCUGCCGUCUGCUCGGCCUGCAAAGGGAAGGUCUGUGCAACAAACAAAAGGCAGCUUUGACGUCAAAACCUGGGACCGUUGCCCUGGCACUGGGAGGUGGAGCGCAGGAAGGAAUCUGCUGCUAAUAGGCUCUGGGCUGGAGUGCACUUUGGCAGAGAAACAGCUACUACCCCUUCUUUCCAGGAAUAACAUUGUUUAUUUCUAUCACUCUCUCUGGCUAAAGUUACCCUGCUCAGGUUUCGCUUCACCUGUCUCCACCAUAAAAUCAUCAGAGCCAGGAUAAUUCCAGUCUGCAGACCCCCCAUCCUUCAUUCCCUCUUCCCUGAAGAGCUGCACUGCCUACUUUUUCUGUUUCCUUGCUUUGACAAGUUUGCAACCACAGCUUUCUCUUGCUGAAGGGUUUGGUGGUACAAUUUAAUAAAUAAGCGCGUGCGUUUUGCUCUGGGUGUGCACACACGUGUAGCAUAGUGCUCCUGCCUGCCAAGGAGCACUGACCUCUGCGGCUCUGUGUGCACAGAGCUUGCUCCCAGCAGCCGGACAUAUCUCUGCCUUGCGCAAAUGGCUCUGUCCUGCAGACAAAAGCCUUAUUCUGGGAAGUUUCAAAAUGUUGCAACGCAACACAGCAACAACCUGAAGUUCAGUGGAUUUGUUACAUGGUUUUGAUUGGCUCUGGUUUUGUUAAAAAAAAAAAAAAAGGACACUAUUUUUACAUCCAUUUCAGGUUGCCAGCCUUUCUUGGGCAAACUUUAGACUGUUGAGUCAUGAACUAAACCUUUAGUAAACUGCCCUGUAUUUUCCUGCUUUAUUCAUCUUUCCUAGCCGUCCAGGUUAGGUCAGGCAAUAUUUGCCAUCUGUGCAGUGGCCCUGCUCAGCACCACUGUGUUCUGUGCAACCUUGGGGUGCUGCUUCCCAUCUUCUGCACAGGAUGACAAAGGCUUCUCAGGUUCAGCAGCAUUUGGCUGUGCACAAGCCAGGAGGAGAUGAAAGGAAUGUGAUGAGAAGCGUUGGAAAGCUUCACUCAGUAAAUCAAAUGCAAGUUUGUCUCAGUCAGAUAAGUUGUAAUCCCUGAUCACUGUUCUUCAGGUUGGCAGCAGGAAGCAGCCCAUGGAGCAGCGUUCCCAGCUCUGCACCAAGCACUGCUGCUGCUCAGACAUAGAGCUGUGGGCUCACAGCAGAUCUCAACACCUCUGAGAUUUAAGAUUAUUAAAGUGCAUUGCCACCGUUUUAUAUACCCACGUGAUGUGAAUGAGAAGUACUGAAAAUAGAUCUAAGAGGCACGACAGUAGUAAGGAUGUAAAAGGAGAGCUUUUGGCUCUUCUGAGUUUUGAUAAUUUUGAAUUAAAUUCACCACUUUAAAAUGCUCUAGUUUCUUUUUUCCAUUCAGGGUCAGUUAGUCCAGAUUCUCCCUUUUCUGACAGGAGUUCAUUUGCUAUGCUGGCAGCCA